AUGGCGAUCGCCGUGAGCGGGCAAUGGACGCGGCUGCGGACGCUGGGCUGCGGCGCGUCGGGGGCCGUGGUGUCGCUGGCAGCCGACAGCGCAUCGGGGGAGCUGUUCGCGGUCAAGUCCGUGGCCGCGGCGGACGCAGCGCUGCUGAGUCGUGAGCAAGGGAUUAUGUCCAGCCUGUGCUCGCCUGACGUCGUGCGCUGCCUCGGCGGCGCCCACCGCGAUGACGGCUCAUACCACCUCUUCCUCGAGUUCGCCCCUGGCGGCUCGCUCGCCGACGAGGUCGCCAGGAACGGCGGCCGCCUGGAGGAGCGCACCAUCCGCGCCUACGCGGCCGACGUCCUGGGCGGGCUGGCGUACGUGCACGGCGAGUCGCUCGUGCACGGGGACAUCAAGUCAAGGAACAUAGUGAUCGGCGCCGACGGGCCCGCCAAGAUCGCCGACUUCGGGUGCGCGAGGACGGCAGGUUCUGACCGGCCGAUCGGAGGCACGCCAGCAUUCAUGGCCCCGGAGGUGGCCCGAGGGGAGGAGCAGGGGCCAGCCGCCGACGUGUGGGCCCUGGGCUGCACGGUCGUUGAGAUGGCCACCGGGCGUGCCCCGUGGAGCAACAUUGACAACGUCCUCGCCGCCGUCCACUGGAUCGGAUACACGGACGCCGUGCCAGAGGUGCCGGCGUGGCUGUCGCCCGAAGCCAAAAACUUCCUCGCCGCAUGCUUCACGAGAAACGCCCGCGACCGGGGCACAGCGGCGGAGCUCUUGAAGCAUCCCUUCCUGGCUUUACAAGAAGCGGAGUCCAACAAGGCUAGGUGGGUGUCGCCCAAGAGCACGCUGGACGCCGCAUUCUGGGAACCGGAGUCCGACGAGGAAGGUGAUGAGGUGGAGGAGGAGAUUUCGGGGAACGCAGCCGAGAGGAUCAAGUCAUUGGCGUACUUCGUCCCGGCCUCGCCGGACUGGGACUCCGAGGAUGGCUGGAUCGACGUGCUCGGCAGCGAGCAGUGCGACGAUGCUCGAGAUUCGCCGGCAACCAAGGAACCAGCUGAUCUGGCGAGUAGAGCGCCAGGCAAAGUGUUCGGGUCCGCGGCGAUGCCAGCUGAAGUCAUCGCUGUCGUCGGUGGCCUUUCAAGCGAUGAACAACUGGAUGUAGGGGAAGGUGGAGAUAUCCUAGCCGACGAUCAUUCAACUGAUCGUAUCACUGAUCAUGAGAACAAAGUCUGUUCGAAGUCAGACAGAGAGAUACACUGUAACCGAAUUGAUGCAAUAGAAAAGUUUCGUUUUCCACACAAAAUGCUGUCCCGUUCUGAUAAUUUGUCUUCCAUUCAUACUAUGUUCUGGACCGCCGUUCUGCAUCGAGCGAACCUCCCGGGUCACCCCCGCCCAAGCAAUCCCGGAGGCCUCCUGUCGUUGCCACCUAACCUCCUCGUUCCCGGCCCUACCAGGCCGUUGCCGCCGCUGAGGCCGGUGGCAGUUGGAGAUUAUCUACAGAUGUACCGCUACUCUCCGUUCGUGGACUGCGCUUCAGAAGGUGCAGAACCGUGA